AGUUGUAGGUAGUGGGCACUAAAUAGUUGAGCUUUACUAAACUAACUAUAAUUAGCUGGCUUAGCGCGAUAAAGAAUCUCCUGGACCUCGUGGUGUUCAUUGCGAUUAUUGGAGUGUAAGAACCUAAACAGGCCUAACUAUAGAUCGAGGCUGUUUCAAAAGUCUUUGUCUAGAUCUAUAUGCUCUUUAUGUCACAUUAUUGACAUUAUCAUCACUAGAAAUGGCCUCUAACAGUUCCAGAGACUACACAAUACGUCUCAUGAAGGAAGAGGAGAUAGAAGAAACCUAUGAGUUAGUUGACAAGGAAGGCUGGAACCUGACGCUCGAUAAAUUCACACACCUUUACCACUCCUGUCCCAAGGCCUUUUAUGUUGCAGCCACUGAUCAAGGGGAGAUAGUUGGUACAAUCAGUUUUUUCCCAACCUUCCCCAAAGAGUAUGUGCUGGGCAACAUUGUGAUCAAAAGUACCUAUCGUCACAAAGGUAUGGGCAAAAAACUUGUGGAUGUGAUGAUGGAGCAACAUUCUCCCUGUGUUGUUUCCUGCACUGCAGUGCCUGGAGCUGAUCAAUUCUACAUAAAUGUAGGAUUUAGUUUUACAGAACCACAGCAAGGGCAUGACAUAUUUCACAUUGAAAUCAAUAGAGAAGAGCUAGAUAAACAGUUGCUAAAUAAUAAUGAGACUGGGCUAAGUGUUAGACCUUAUGACAAGAAAGACUUGAAAGCUCUUGUAGACUAUGACACUGAGGCUAAGGGCUACCGGAGUGACGCCUAUGUGUCCAUGAUGCUGGAUUGUUUCCCCACCUAUGUAGCAGUGCACAAUGAGGACCGUCUGGCUGGCUAUGUGGCAGCAUUUGUCAAGAGAGAGGAAAUAGUUUUGGAUGGACUUUGUGCUGAUUCUGACUCAAUAGCCUGCCAUUUGUUUAGGAAAGUUCUAGAUGAGUUCCCUACCAGAAAUAAUGUUAAAUUACAAGUUCCAACCUCACGCUUGUUCUUAUCCCAGCUUGGAGUCAUCUGCUCAUCAUCCAAGUACAACCGCUACUCUCUAGGGCAACCAACUCCUUCACCCUUGGUCAAAAUCUAUAAUGUAUCUGACUGUGAUUACUCUUAUUAGUUUAUAUGAAAUUAUUGUUUAGGACAAAAGACAUAUUUAUAUUUAUCUGUUAACAUUUUUGUUUCUGAUCCUGACAGACUUACAGUUGUGAUGGUUGAUGAAUGUAUUAAUUAGUUCUCUAUCUGCGCUGCACUGUCAGGUUGUUGUCUCAUUUCUGUCAGGUUUAUUAGAGAGAGGGGCUUCUUCUAAGACAUUUGCACAACAUAACUUGCAGUUCAAAAGCAUCUUUUAUUCACCUUUCUUUUAAAAUCAAAAGCAAUCAUAAUAACAUUAAUAGAUCUCCCUAUCCUGUGGUAUCAUGUUGUCAGUCAGUCUAACAAUACAAUAGUGUUGAAAAUACUUUCAAAACUGACAUGUCUCUUCUUAUUGUUAUGGGCGGAGAUAGGGUUGUGGUUGUUUGUACUUUCUGAUAUUCAUGCUGAACAUAAUUUUGAAACUUGCCUUUUUACCAGUCAUUUCAUCCCCGUUGACUUCAUCCCUGGUCACUUCAUCCCCGGUCAUUUUAUCCUUGGUCAUUUUAUCCCUGGUCAUUUUAUCCCCAAUUAAAUUUUUCUUAUUUAUUGUUUAAUUGUGCUGUUAAGGCUUUGAUUUUAAGCCCUCAUUUUAUCUAAUAUAUAAAUAUGAUUAUGUAGAAUGCUUUUUGAUAUUUUUUGACAUGUUAUUAAUGCGUUUAUAGUGUUUCCCCUUCCACUUUACAUUCUUGAUGAGUAAUACUAUAUUGUAAAUCUGGGUCUGUACUUAGCUAUAGCGCUUCUAUUGGAUGUGGGGGAUGUAAUAUAUAUUAUAAUAUUAUCCUUUGCAUGACGUAAUGAUCAAAGGCCAAGGUGUGAUGGAAGUAGUGGAAAUCUUUUGAGAGAUGAGAAUGAUUAGAAUACUAAUGACCAUGCCGCUGAUAACUUAUCAUCAAAGGCCAAGGUGUGGUGGAAGUAGUGGAAAUCACUUAAGAGUUGAGAAUGAUUAGAAUACUUAUGACCAUGCCGCUGAUAACUUAUCAUCAAAGGCCAAGGUGUGAUGGAAGUAGUGGAAAUCACUUAAGAGUUGAGAAUGAUUAGAAUACUUAUGACCAUGCCGCUGAUAACUUAUCAUCAAAGGCCAAGGUGUGGUGGAAGUAGUGGAAAUCACUUAAGAGAUGAGAACGAUUAGAAUACUAAUGAUCAUGCUGCUGAUAACUCCUGACCACCAUCUUUCACUUUAUUUUAUUUUUCAAAUGCUCUUUCUUGAAAAUGUGUGGGUAAUUUUUAGCUUGAAAUAAGGUUUUAUUUUUUUCUAAUAAAGGCUGACUUCACCCAUCCACAGGAUAUCAUGUUGCCUAUAUAAGUUUUGCUUUAAUUCCCUUUAAACAUUGAAGUUGUAAAUUGUGUUCUAGACAAAGAGAAUUACAAACAUGGUUCAGCAAUAUGAAUCUUCUGUACUUACAAAGCCUAUCUAUCUUUGUUUAGGUGAACACAUAAAAACAUUUUUACAUGACCUCUAUAUCUUUAAAUGUUACAUUUUUAUAGUUUCAAUGGCAUUUAAUUUUAUUCUUAUCUAAUGUGUUACACUUUUUGUCAUGUAAAUAAAAACAAAUAUAUUUAAUAUUGCUUAUUUCAUGAUUUCUACAAUUACUAUUUGUUAGAUAAAAUGAUCAGACGAUGAAAAGAACAGGGGAUGAAAAGAACAGGGGAUGAAGUGACUGGGAACCCUUUUUACCUGCCUGAGUGGGUCGCUUGCGGGAGGGGGGGGGGUCAAUUUGGAGUGUGUGUUUUUUUCUACACAAAGUCUUUGUAACCUUAUUUUUUAUUUUAUUUUUUUUUACAUUUAUUUUCAAUUCUGAUUUUUGCAGGGAACACAAAAUGUCUUAUCUGUUUUCAAAAAAAAAAUAUUUUCAAAUUGGGGUCAAGUAGUGUAUUUAUGCUUCUUUGAUUUACUAUAUUACAUUUUUAAUGCAAGAAUCAAAUCUCUUUAUUAUUGUAUGAUGUGUAUGUUGAGUGGGGGGCAAAGAAAUACUUUAGAAAGAAGAGCACCAGCGAAUCCUAAGGAAUAGUGAAAGGUUGCAAUAAAUAUUUAUAUAUAUAAAUAUUAAUUAAAAAAUGAAAACUGCAAUAAAGUGAGUAUGCAAUAAAAGAACUGUAAAUUGUCAUGAGAACACUGCUAAUUUUGAAUUAGGAUAAUACAUUGGUUAAUUGGAUGUUUUAUUAUUGAAUGAAUUUGUAAUGUAGACCAUCUUUAAAUUAUUUUUAUGAAAUUUUCUGUUUGAUAUACCAAUGUGUUUUAUGAAAAUAUUUUAGUUGGGACCAUUACCUGAUUCUUUUUUUCAGUUCUGUUUUUCACCUGAAGCAAAGACAUUAUGUUACAUUCAGUAAACCAAAAUAGGUGCCGGUACUCAGUGAUGAAUGGCCUAACUUUGAGCUACCAGUUCACACCUAGAUGCAAGCUAAAUCACAACGGCAAAGAUACUAAAUGUCUAAAACAAUUUUAUUUUAUAAUUAACCAACUUAAAUUGUUUUAUUAUCAUAUUAUUAAGCAGUUUCGCAUUUUAUAUUUUAAUUCUUAUUGCACGCAAUAACAAAUUAAUAAUAAACGUUAAAAUGCUAGAAAAGUAAUAAUUUUUCCCCACAUUGAAAAAGGUGGCGGUUCAUUGUUCGGUGCGUACCAUCACAAAAAAAAAUGCACUGGUUACAUUACACAAGUUUUAAAAAAACUGGUUAAUUUCAUAUUUCUAUUCAGUGAAUAGAAGGCUUUAUCUCAUUUGACAUAUCUGUUGAAACAUGACAGUAAUCUUAUGCCCAUAAAGAUGAAUGCAAUGUAUAUGUAAACAUGAAAUGUAUGAUUCUUGUGUAAAUCUUUCCUAAGUACAGGUUGGUAAGCUUGUUGAAACAUUGUUCAUGUUUGUUAACACUGCCAUGUAGCAGCCAAUAUUGUGAUAGUAGUGUACAUACAUUCUAUCUUACAAUUUUACCACCUUGUUUCAUUGUAUGUAUUUAAUCAGUAUUUUAAUGUACACUGUAGUGGUCAUUUAUUUAUGUACUUAUGCAUUUAGUAUUCUAAGAAUAAAUAAUCAGAUAGGAUCUAA